AUGCCCAAAAUGGGAGGGUUUGAAGCCUGCAAAGAAAUAAAAAAAAUUAAUAAAAAUAUUGUUCUUAUUUGUUAAUCAGGAUAUGGAGGUGAUUCUUUUAACGAAAAAUGUAUAUAAAAUGGUUUUGAUGAUGUUUUAGAAAAACCAACAAAAAAAUAAGAUAUUAUUAAAUUAAUUAUAAAAUACAAAUUAAACAAAUAAGGUUUUGGAAGAUUAAUAUGCAAAAAUAAUUCAUUUUACCAAGGAUAUUGGAAAGAUGAUUUAUUUGAAGGGGAGGGAUUUUACAUUGAUAUACACGGAAAUUACAUAAAGGGGAUAUUUAAAAAUGGAAAACCGGAAGGAAAAUGCAUUUUGAAGAAAAAAGACGGAAGCACAUAUGAAGGAGGGAUGAAAAAUGGGGAGAAAAACGGAUAUGGGGAAGAAAAUACAAAAAAAGGAAUGAUUUAUAAAGGAAAUUAUUUAAAUGGAAAAAUGAACGGAUAAGGAGAAUAUACAAUUAGUAAUACUUAUUAAUUUACUGGAGAAUUUAAAGAUGAUCUUAUUGAUGGAUAUGGAGUUUGUAAAUGGAAUACUGGAAAAGUUUAUUAAGGAGAAUGGAAAAAUAAUAAAAUGUAUGGUAAAGGUAGUUUUAUAUGGCCUGAUGGAAAAUAAUAUGAAGGUGAAUUUGCAAAUGAUUAAUUUGAAGGAUUUGGUGUUUUUAAAUGGUAAAAUGGUUCUUUUUAUACAGGAUAUUGGAAGAGUGGUAAAAUGGAUGGAUAAGGUAAAAUUUGUACUUAAGAAGGGAAAGUUAUUGAAGGUAUUUGGAUAAAUGGGGAAUAUUAAUAAAAUAGUAGUAGAUUAGAUUAUUGA